AGUGGGAGGAAUAGUGCCCCAUCAUUGGUGUCAGUGGGAAGAAUCGUGCCCCAUCAUUGGUGUCAGUGGGAAGAAUCGUGCCCCAUCAUUGGUGUCAGUGGGAGGAAUAGUGCCCCAUCAUUGGUGUCAGUGGGAGGAAUAGUGCCCCAUCAUUAGUGUCAGUGGGGGGAGGAAUAGUGCCCCAUUGUUGGUGUCAGUGGGGGGAGGAAUAGUGCCCCAUCGUUGGUGUCAGUUGGGGGGUGGAAUAGUGCCCCAUCGUUGGUGUUAGUGGGGGGGAGGUAUAGUGCCCCAU